UUCCCCAUUUAUUUGUUGUUUUUCCUGGUUCUCUUAGGGUUCCUUUGAAUUUAAAUAAAAAAUAUAUUUAAUUAAUUAAUAAUUAAUUAACCAAUCAGAAUGAACGAUUAUGUGGAGUAUAUGCGAAUUGGUGAAAUCCUGAGGUCACCGAAGGCGAAAAAUGAUACCUAUCAGUACAUUUUGAAAUGUCAUCAUGAUAAAUACUUUGAGCUGGAGGAAGAAUCAAUUAUGCUCCCAUGCAUUGCCCAAUGUGAUGCUUUGGGCAAUGAGGAAGAGGAGGGAUGCGAUGAGAAAACAGAAAUAAACUAUCAAAUUAAUAUUCAAAGAGAAAAUUGUGAAAAUAUUGAAGAUGCCAUUGAGGACAGAAGAUCAGAUAAAGACAUGGACCCAUUGAACUUAAUUGCUAACAGAAAGAGUUCGGACUCAGAGACCGAAAAUGACGAAGAACAAUUUUUAAAACAGGGACAGUCAACAGAGCUCACAGUGGAAGAUGUAAAUAAAUCUGAAGUGGAAGAAAAUCAAGAAGAACCUCUUACUGAUUCAGACGAAAUAGAUAUGGAGUCUAUAAAAUUUGAUAAAGAGUCAACGGCGGACUCGAAAGACAAUAGUCCUCUCUCAUCUGGCACAUUUGUUCAGAACUUCAUAAAAUCCAGGCAAAAUUUAAAAUUGUUUAUAGAAUCCUAUAAAGAACAACCCGAAUUAUGGAACUCGAAAUUGCCACCAAAGUUGAGUGUAAAAUUAAAAGAAAAAUAUUGGGAAAAAAUUAAAAAUGUUUUACAAAACAAAUACAAAAUAGAUAUGACGACCGUCCAAAUUGAAAGAGUUAUCAAACAUUUGAACCUUCAAUACAAACGAUCACAGAACAGAUCAUCAAAGGAUCAAAAACCAUUAUGGUUUAUAAAGGAAUUAGAAUUUUUAAGGCCGGCAUACGAAUCCGCCAAACCCUCAGUUAAAUUAAAACCACAGCAUUGUGAGUUGAAAAAUAAACAAAUAACACAGUUAUUGGAUAUCUAUGAACGGUAUCCCAAUCUUUGGAAUUCAAAUUUAAUAGAAAAUUGUUGUAAAAAUAAACGCAACGAAUCGUUUGAACAAAUGUUGCAAGCAGUUAACUCGGAAAUGAAUUUGAAUAUUGACGAGGAAAAAUUAAGGGGAUAUUUACAUUUUAUACACAAUGAAUAUGCCAAAGAGAAACGGUUAGAUAUUAGAAAUUGCGAUUCGAAAGCCGACAACAAACAUCCAUACUAUAAGCGUGCCCAGUUUCUUUAUGACCAUGUUGGUCCCUUCAAAUGCAGCGAAUGCAAUGCUGAACUUAAGAAUCCAUUAAAUUUCAAACUUCAUAAAUCCCAACAUGAUGGAACAAUGCCACUCAAAUGUUCUCUCUGCAGCAAAGGAUUUAAAGUGCUUGGCACCUAUGUCCUGCAUGCCAGACGACACAUGGAUGAUUUGGAGGAGGUUUGCCAGGAAUGUGGCAAAAAAUUCAUCAAUUCCUAUGACCUGAAGGUGCAUAUGCGUUUUCACACAGGUUCCAAACCAUUUUGCUGUGAAAUCUGUGGGGCAUCGUUUCGACAUAUUCAAACAUUUGCCGGUCACAAGAGGCGUCACGAGAAGAAGUACCUACAUCAUUGUCCGACAUGUUCGAAGGGUUUCUAUUGCAAGGCCAAACUGGAUGAUCACAUACGAUCGCAUAAACAAAUACGUGAAUUUAAUUGUGAAACGUGCGGCAAGGCUUUCAUUACGAAAAAGACGCUGCAGCAACAUCUGGUCACACAUGAAGAUAUUCGGAAGUAUGUGUGUACGUUGUGUGGUAAAAGUUUUAAAUUAAAGGUGGGCCUAAAUCAGCACAUGAGGACGCAUGGUAGUCUGAGUUAUGAAAGACCUGAAGAGGUAUAAAAUAUAUAUAUAU